AUGAAUAGAUUAUUAUUCAAUUGUUUAGUAUUCAUAAGUGCAUUCUUAUUCUUUAGAUUCGUAGUCAACAUGUCCAAUUCCAAUUCCAAUUCAAACAACAGACCACAAACCAAUGAUUUAAAUUCUAAGAACCCCGACGAAAUUUUUGUGGAAAUGGGGGAUAAACGAGUUCCUUGGUCAAAGAUCAAUAAACCUCAUGCUGUUAUUCAUCCAGAAGAUCAUCAACCCAAAGUAGAUGCUAAUUCAUUUCCUGAUGUUGAACCAGAAUUUAAACAACAAGAAAAUAUGAAAGAAUUUGACCAAGCUGUUUUACAACCCGGUGUUAAUAAACCUAAAAUUGAUGCAAAUUCAUUUCCUGAUAUUGAACCUGAGGCUAAAGAAAGAGAAGCAAAAUUAGAAGCUGAAAGAGCUAAAAAGAAGAAUGAUUAA